AUGGCGACGAAGGGAGUGGACGAAAACGUGGAGCUAGGGUUUUUGGAGGAAACAAAUCCAUGUUUACUACGGAGUCACUAUUUCCCAAGUAAAGUUGGAGGGAAACCAUCAUGGCUGUCUCUGAAGCAACUCCCUAUAGACAUAAGUUGUAAAACUUGUGGUAAACCAGCCGUUUUUCUUUUGCAAGUCUACUCCCCUGAUGACAAAGUAUCGUCUGCUUUUCAUCGAACAAUUUUUAUCUUCGUUUGUCGGAAUCUGGGUUGCUCAACGAAAAAUUCAAAUGAUAACUUUUUGGUGUUUAGGAGUCAACUGCCUCGUCAAAAUGACUUUUACAGUCCAAAUCCUCCAAACGAAAAUACUCCGACCACUGGCCCUGUUCCCGAUGAGGAUUUGUGCCAUGUGUGUGGAUCCUUAGGACCCAAACGGUGCGCUAAGUGUCACUUAGCUUCCUACUGUAGCAAAGACCACCAGGUCAUCGACUGGAAGAGUGGCCACAAAGCAAUUUGUUCCUCGAAAGAAAAAACACAGACAAAAUAUGUGAAAGGUGUGCUGUUCCCAGAAUUUGAAUUAAUCACAGAACCAGAAGAUUUGGAUGAUGUUGAAUCUGAUGAAGAAAAUUAUACAAAAGGAGAAGAGGAAAAGUGGCAAGAAUAUGAAGACUUUCUCAAAUCCGAUAAAGCAGGCAGUCUGAUUCCAGAUAAUGUCGCAAAAAACGAAUUAGAGAAAAUGGCCACAGUAGAAAGUAUGGAUGACAAGAUUUUCAGAAGAUUUAAGGAAAGGAUAAAGACAAAUCCUGAUCAAGUUUUGAGGUAUCAUAAAGGAGGCCAGCCAUUAUGGGUGUCAGCAAAUCAUAUCCCUAAAGAAACAGACAUACCAAUUUGCUUAUGUGGAGCUAAAAGGCAGUUUGAAUUUCAGGUGAUGCCACAAAUGUUGAGUCACUUACAGGUUGACCAGCUUGGUGACAGCCUGGAUUGGGGAAUUCUGUGUGUGUAUACCUGUAGCAACAGCUGUCAAAUUGGCAAUGAUUAUCAAUCAGAGUUUCUCUGGAAACAGGACUAUUCCUCUGACCAUAAGUAACUAGCACCACAAGCAGUGACAGAGAGAAAAAGCUAAUUCUAUAUUAUGAAAUGCUGUGCAUUUUGGAUGGCACUUUCUACUAAGUGGAAGCCUCUUAUCUGACAACAUAUUAUUGAGAUACACUGUGUACUUGUUAAAAAAUGUAUGUAGUUAUAACAUAUGUAAGCCAAUAUUCUGGCAUUUGACAAUUCUGAAAACUUAAAGAGCUUACAUUCAUUAGAAGAAAUAUUCUCCAGGCAAUACAACACAUAGAUAAUUUGAAAGAAAUUUUUGUGAGAUUAAAUGUUUUUAUCAGAUAUGGAACUGAUCAUGGUUUUAUUGUAAUAUGUGAAUGUCAUCAUGCAUUUGAUCCUUUGAGGAAUUCAAGGAAACUUGAUAGAUUUGUAAGAGAUGACAGAUUGUCAGUAGGGUAGUAAUGAUACAUGUCUGAACAGAAAUGUCUGAUUUGUCUUUCAUGGUUUCAGGUGCCUUUUGGAGCGUAAACACUUUCCUAGAUGCCACUUAAACGUACACAUAAUUCUUU